UAAACCACGGAGGCGAUCAGACAAACUGUCCUAAUACCAAUUAUUGAGCGUCUUAACACGCAUGUACACCAAGCUGGAAUUAAACUGGACUUAAUCACAGUCAGACAUACCUUUCUUCGUGAAAAUGAGACAUUCAGCGACGUUGGUGACCGUCGUUACCGUGCUGUUGGUUUCUGCGCUGCACUCCGUGUGUGCCGAGAGACCGUUCACCGCGUCACAGGAGUACAGGAUCAAGAAAAUGUUACUGGAACGGUACGACAGGUCCACUCGGCCCGUGAAGAACGACAGCACAGCCAUUAAUAUCAAAAUAGCCAUAUCUCUGUACCACAUUCUUGACACGGACGAGAAGUUCCAAACAAUACAGGCACUGCUGUCCAUUCGAUUGCGCUGGAGGGAUGAGCACUUGACGUGGAACCAGUCAGAAUACGGUAGGGAGCGGAUCUGGGUUCCAGCCAAUCAGAUAUGGGUGCCAGACGUUGUCAUCAACAAUAACGCAGACGACAGCUUCGCCAUUUCCGGUGCCUCAACCAACGCAAUCGUCAGCUCUGAUGGCAGCAUUCUGUGGAUGUAUCCGGCAGUUAUCAAAACUUACUGUACGCUGAACGUACGCUAUUUCCCGUUUGACGCCCAGCAGUGUGAAAUCACCUUCAUAUCCUGGACGUACAGCGGCUUUGAGCUCAACCUGACGGACGACGAAGAAUUUAAGAACAUCAAUUACUACCGUCCGGAAAACCAGGAGUGGCUGGUGAAUGACAUUACGUCAGAGCGCCACGUCGCUAUGUACGCCUGCUGCGCCGAGCCCUAUCCUGACGUCACAAUUACGCUGCAUCUUAAGCGUCGAAGUCUGUUCUAUAUCUACAACCUCGUGUUCCCCUGUAUCCUGAUCUACUUGGCGUCCCUGUUCGGAUUCUUCUUACCCGUGGAGUCCGGAGAGAAGGUGAACUUGGAGAUCACCAUUUUGCUGGCCCUUGUUGUCUUCCUGAUGUUCAUCAGUCAAAACCUACCCCCUACGCCUGACGCCAUACCUUUCCUAGAUAUGAUCCUGGGGGUGAGCAUGACCAUGAUUUUCAUCUCCCUGGUCAUGGCAGUUCUGGUCACCAACGUCUACUUCAAGAAGGACUCCAACUCCCCGCCGCCCAAAUGGAUCAUGAACCUGCUGAGGAGAUGCAAACGCGGCAAAAAGCGGCGCACCACAAACUACGAGAUGUCCAAGUUUGGGAACGGCAACGCCAAGUACGACCUGGACGAGUUUGAAGGCCGGUCCUUGAGUCCUCCAAACAUGAAGUGCGGCUGGUGCGGAGAGGACGGCAAACAGAUCAUUAUUCCGAACUGCCACGAGGAGUGGACGACCCUCGCGCGUCUGUUAGACCGUCUGUUCUUCUGGGUAUUCUUCAUAACCAGCUCCAUUGCCUUCACCACCGUCUUCUGCCAGAUUCCAAGAGAACUGCUCUUAUAGACAGAUAACCAACGCACACAGACUGCCCGAAAGGGACUUAUAGUUAACAACUUACUAAUAUGUCAGAUGAAUCCAAGUCCUCCAAGCGAGCCAACGGAGUGGCUUCCGAAAUGGCUGCACUGCUUGACAUGUUGAACCCAGUAUGACAGCACUGCAGUGUCGGUUAUCUCUGUACAUACAUUAUUAUAUCAUUCAGUAGAGGCCAAGGACCACCCUUGGAACACAGUGUCUUUUCUACGUUCGGACCGAUGGUGACGAGCGCUAAGUUUCCCCAAGGAAUGUUGGCGUGGCGAUCCACGUAUUUUUCAGUGAGGUAGAAUUAUUUGAGAAGGACCGCGUUUAGACAGGAGCGGUUGGAAGGGGUGGACUGCAUAGCCCUGAGCAAAGUGCUAUCUACCGUGUAUAUGGUGUAUUAAGGAGGCCUAGCUGCCGCUUAAUGUCUUCUUUGCCAUUUUGUUCAUAUGUUAUAUACAUGGAAGCGAUUCAGAACUCAAACGAUUGGUGGCUAUGCGUCAAUUAGGUCCUUGCGACAGCCAUCGCUAACUUUCACUGUAGCUGUGCUUCGUUCACUGCAGUAAUAACGAAGUUUCACGUGCCUGUCGCCUGGCGGAAUAUGGUCCGUCACAUUGGGAAAAAAAGAUAUCACAUGUGAACAGAAAUUUGCUGCAUUAAUGUGAACCUGUCCAUAAAAUUUUAUUAUCACGUUCGCUAAUGGGAAAGGUGUCAUUCGGCAUGUCAUCACGGUUGAUAUCAGUUCAUUAACGUUUGAAAAAAAAUCCCUCAUAUUCCCGGAAUUAUCAUCUUUGAAGUUGGAGAAGUCUAGAAUGUGUAAAACCGAUGUAGAGAGCUGGGAUGUCUUUCAUAUCUAUUGUGGGAAGCGCUUACUAGUCGGGUCAUUAAUAGUGGCUGAAGCUUCCAUUCUAUUACUAUAAUUAACUAGAAAGCCACCCGGAAAGAGCAUCUGUGUUCAGUGUAAAUAGACAAAAUGUAUACGGCAAUCCCCGUUCUUUCUCUCUCAAUGUCUUUUUCUCUCGGAUUUCAGAGCAAAAUGUAGGACGAAGAUCAAACAGCGUUCUUAUGUUGUAUAUUGUAGCUGUGCGCCAAACAUAGGAGCUGUGAACGCAACUGACAAGAACAACACGCUUUGCUCCAGAUUCGAUGUUGAUAAACAAAUUGGACGAUAUUGUAAGCUUCGGAGAGUUCCAGUGUUACUUUAAAUUUAUCGAGGUUGUUUAUAAAAAUAUGAUCAACUAUAUAGCCGAUUACCUCUUCCAUAUACUGUAGUGAAGAGGUGGAAUUUCUUACAAAUGGUUAUUCUGAAAGUAAGCAAGUUGUAUAUGUAAAUAAGGUGUAUAUGGUAGAUAAAAGUAGCCAUUAAACGUCAAAAGUAAUACGGUGCUAAGUUUUAUAUGUCGACUGCUGUUGCACCGAUGCCCUGCUGUCCCCCCUCUUCUCCCUCUCUCUCUCUCUCUCUCUCAUCUUACAAUUGGACAUUUUUUGUAUUCUUUUAGCAAUGAUCAAUCUGCCUUUUCAUGUCUUCUACUGAGCAUCCCUCUUGUUACUUCUGUCACGAGGGUAUCACGCCUCCUUUUCAAUACGACAAGUUGAAAUGAGCACGAUCAACUACUGGAAUGUAGAACUCAAUAAAA